AUGAGGUCCUUCGUCUUUCUAUCGUCCGUGCUAGCCCUAGUGGCGCCCUCCAAGGGCUCAUUCAUAUGGUUCGGCGUCAACGAGGCGGGCGCCGAGUUUGGCCAGGACACGUACCCCGGCGAACUAGGCACCCACUACAUCUGGCCUGACUUGGGUACCAUCGCAACCCUGAAGAACGAGGGGAUGAACAUCUUCCGCGUUGCGUUCUCCAUGGAGCGCCUGGUGCCUGACUCCUUGACUGGACCGGUUGCAACGGAGUAUUUCGAUGAUCUGGUGGAGACUGUCAAUGGCAUCACGGCCCUGGGUGCUUAUGCAGUCAUUGACCCGCACAACUUUGGACGGUACUAUGGAAAUGUCAUCACCUCUACCGACGACUUCGCAGCCUUUUGGACAAUCAUCGCCACUGAGUUCGCAUCCAAUGACCUUGUCAUCUUUGAUACCAACAACGAAUACCACACCAUGGAUCAAACUCUCGUCCUCAACCUCAACCAGGCCGCCAUAGACGCCAUCCGCGCCUCCGGCGCAACAAGCCAGUACAUUUUCGCCGAAGGCAACUCCUGGUCCGGCGCCUGGACCUGGGUAGACGUAAACGACAACAUGAAAGCCCUCACCGACCCAUCAGACAAGCUCAUCUACGAGAUGCACCAGUAUCUCGACUCCGACGGGUCCGGGACAAACCCCACCUGCGUGAGCAGCACAAUCGGCAGCGAGCGCGUAACAGCCGCAACGACCUGGCUUCGGCAGAACGGAAAACUAGGCAUUCUCGGCGAGUUCGCAGGCGCCAACAACCAGGUCUGCAAAGAGGCUGUCGCGGGCCUGCUGGAGUACCUGGAGGAAAACAGCGAUGUUUGGCUGGGAGCUCUUUGGUGGGCUGCUGGGCCUUGGUGGGGUAAUUAUAUGUUCAACUUGGAGCCCACCCAGGGCAUUGCUUACCAGGAAUACAUGGAUAUCUUGGAGCCUUACUUCCCUGGAAACGAGGACCCAGCGCUACUGCGACGAGUACAGGGACCGUAG